UUAUCUCAUCUCUUAUUCUUUCUUUUUAUUUCUUUUGCUACUUGCUCUCUUGCUUUCUCGUAUCUUUUUUCUUACUAUUCUCUGCUGCAUUCACCAAAUGACAAUCAUCCUCAACGACACCCGUAUUCCUAUUUGGCUCGACUGUGAUCCCGGCCACGAUGACGCCUUGGCUAUCAUUUUGGCCUGUUUCCAUCCUUCACUUAAUCUCGUCGGUAUCUCAACUGUCCAUGGAAACACCUCUCUCAAAAACACAACCUCCAACGCUUUAACACUACUAUCCAUUCUUGACAAAGCAGUCCAGGUUCCGGUGUUCUCUGGUGCUACCCAUCCUUUAAUAAAAGAAGAAAAUCUCGUCACCACUGCUGAUUACAUUCAUGGUAAAUCUGGUUUGGACGGUUCCGACCUAUUCUUAAAAAUCAAACAUGAUAUCCACAAUCUAACCUCUCCAAAAUCCGACAACAUUAAUGAUACUCUUUUCAAUUUAAAUCAAACAAUAGACCUCUAUCAAGAUAAGUUGGUCUUAAUAGCAACUGGUCCUUUAACCAAUUUGGCUUUAUUAUUUCAAAUGUACCCACAAUCGAUAAAUAAAAUUAACAAAAUUUCUAUUAUGGGUGGAAGUAUUGGUUUUGGAAAUAAAACUCCCUUUGCCGAAUUCAACUUUUGGUGCGAUCCCUUAGCCACUGCAAAAAUUUUUAAUAACUCUCAAAUCCAUGAUAAAAUCUUACUAGCUCCUUUGAACAUUACUCAUACUCUCUUGGUCACAAAAGAUGUCUUGAAAAAUAUUCUAAAACCUCAAAACUCACCAAUUUCCUCCGGUUCUUCUAGUUCUUCUAGUUCUUCCAAUUUUAGAAAAAUGAUCUAUGAUUUGCUAACUUUUUUUGCAAAAACUAAUGAAGCGGAACAAAAUUGGUUUGACGGUCCUCCCUUACAUGAUCCACUAGCUAUAGCUCUUGUCUUAAAUUUCUUCCAAAAAGAUAAUGUCUCUGUAAAGGAUCCCUCAAGUUUAAACAACUAUAAUUUGAAUGUCAAUUUUAAUUGUUGUAAAGUGCGUUCUAUCUCUCAUGGCCUACAAAAGGGAAUGAUUCAAAUACUUCAAGAUAAUAUUCCACAUGGAAAUGGUGUAAUGAUAGCUGAAUCUUUAAACAUUGAUGCAUUUUGGAAAAUUCUUUACGACGUUAUUGAUUUAGCUGAUAAUGUCUCUCCAGCUAAUAUCCUCUAACUAAUAAUUUUUAAUUCAUAAUGUCCAAUCAUCUUUGCAUUUCUCUGAUGUUUUUGUUUUCUUUUUAAUCUUUCUUUGUUUUUAUUAAUGACCUUUUUGCCCCGUUAGUUUUGUUUUUAUUUCAAUUAGUGACUUCUUUAGGUUUUAAAUUUUUUUUCUUAUUAUUACUAUUUUAUAUUAUUUUAUUUUAUCAUAUUUUAUCAUAUUAUAUACUUAAUAUCACUAAUGCCUAAUUAAUAAACUCCUAUAAU